AUGCCUCCGUCGACGCCAAACCACGCGAUUCUCAAUGGACUCAACGACGCACAAAAACGGGCUGUGACGUCCAAAGCCGCCACAGUGGCCAUUCUCGCAGGCCCCGGGAGUGGCAAAACCCACACUCUCACCGCUCGAGUCGCUUGGCUGGUCGACCAUGUCGGCUUCCGGCCCGAGGAUGUCAUCGUCGCCACUUUUACCGUCAAAGCUGCCCGAGAGAUGAAGGAGCGCAUUGGGAAGGCCCUGGGGAAUGACCGGGAGAAACGAAUUAUCCUGGGCACAUUCCACAGCAUUGCCCGCCGCUACCUGGCUGCCUAUGGACGGCACAUCGGGCUCAGCCAGAAGUUUGGCAUUGCCGAUGACACAGACUCCCGCGCCAUUAUCUCCCGUAUCUGCAAGAGACUGCAGCUAAACGUCGAUCCAGCCUUCGCCCGCGCAUGGAUUAGCAAGAAGAAGGCCAAGGGCACUGAGGACGCUGCCAAACCAGCCCGCCAGGAGGUCACCAACGUCGCUGGCCUGCAGAAUCUUGAGACAUGCUACCGAGAAUACCAGAAGCACUUGGAGACGACAAACCUCCUUGAUUACGAUGAUCUGCUAGUUCGGUGCGUCGAGCUGCUCCGCAAGUUCCCCUCCUGUGUCUCCAACGUCCAAACGGUCCUCAUCGACGAGUAUCAGGACACCAACGGAAUCCAAUACGAAUUGAUGAAGCUGUUCGCCCAGCGUCACCAACGAAUCACCAUUGUGGGAGACCCUGACCAGAGCAUUUACGGAUGGCGGUCGGCCGAAAUUAGGAACUUGUGGCGCCUGCUCCGGGAAUUCCCCAAGACCGAUGAAGUCUCCCUUGAGGAGAAUUAUCGCUCCUCGCAGUCCAUCCUCGACUUGUCAUUGUCAGUGAUAAAGCAGGACUCGAAGCGGUACGACAAAGUGUUGAAGGCCAUCCACAACAUGGGCUCCCGGCCAGUCCUCCGCCGGCUAAAGAGUGCAUCCGCCGAAGCAGAGUGGAUUGUCUCAGAGGUCAGGCGCGUCCUCACCUUGUCGGGCUCGAUGUUGACAUACAACGACGUCGCCAUCUUAUUACGAUCCGCCUCUCUGUCCAGGCAUAUCGAGAGUUCACUUGGAAAAGCGGGAAUCGCGUACAAAAUGGUUGGCGGCUUCAAGUUCUACGAGCGUACCGAGAUCAGAACUCUUCUCGACUACCUGCGCGUCAUCCACCAGCCCGAAAACAACGAUGCUCUUGCAAGAAUCCUGAACGUCCCGCGCCGAGGCGUCGGCGAUGUCACCAUCAGGAGCCUCCUCGAAGAGGCCGAAACACAUUCACUCAGCGUUUGGACAGUCCUGUCAAAGCACUGCCGGGGAGAUCGCACGGCGAAAACGAGAAUCACGAAACAGGCUGAGCAGAAGCUCAGCGGUGAGCUCCUUCGACCUCUGGACAGUAUCAGGAGACGGAUCGGAGAAGCGACUGGGCCCAACGGAACGCCUCUGGGACUCGUCCAGAUGAUCGAGCAGCUCCUGACGACGUUGGAAUUUGAGAAGCACCUCAAGACCGCUCACCCCGACGAUCAUGAGCAGAGGUGGGCGAACGUCCAGGAGUUCAUCAGCCUCGCCUCUGAUUUCGUGCGGGACAUGGGCAGCUCUGACGAGGAUGCUCUUCCGGAGAUUGAAGGACUUCCGCAAACAAAAGAGGUCGAGGUUUUGUCGCGUUUCCUAGCCAAUGUGUCUCUAGCUUCUGAUGCACAGACUGGGGAUGCCGACCAGAGCAAGCCACUGGUAACCAUUUCGACGAUUCAUGCCGCAAAGGGCCUCGAGUGGCCCAUCGUCUUUGUUCCUGCCGUCUACAAAGGAUCAAUUCCUCACAUUCGAUCUGAGGAUGACAAUGAGGAAAGAAGGCUGCUGUACGUCGCCAUGACGAGAGCCCAGAGCUUGCUGUACCUCAGUUGCCCAGUCUUCAGCUCAAACGGCAAUGGGGAACGAACCGUGCUUUCACCGUUCGUGGAACCAGUGGAACGUGCUUUCAUGAAAAAGGGGCCCUGCCUUGACCGGCCUGUCAUGAGCGAGAUCGCCAGGAUUCUUCAACGCCAGUUGCCCCCGGAGGACUCAAUCUUCCAAGGCUUACCUGCCAUGUUCAGCCUUGAGGACAACCUGUUUCCGGUCGACCCGGAGGAGGCCAAGCAGGAUGCAAACGGCAGGUCCAACCGAGGGCACGGCUAUCAUCCAGAUGCGCAACCCUCAAAGCGGCCGAGACUCCAAGCACCAUCCAUAGUACAGGAUAGCGCCGAGGAGACUCAGUGGUGGAAAGGGUAUUCCACAACAAUGGAACAAUCGUCGACCUUCACAGUGGCUGCUCUCCCUGGUUUUGUCAGUGUCGCCGCUCAUCAAGCAGCCAUCACUGCCGCAAACACCAAGGCUGACGCCGCUCAGAAGGCUCAAGUCGUCAAACGCCCAACAAGCAAGCGGCCCACGGGACAGAAGAGCAUUAUGGGUUUCGUAAAGUUGGAUUCCGACCAGUCUGGUCUAGUCGCAACAAGGUUGCCAGCAACCGUCCAACCAAGUAACAGUUCUCCAGCACCCAGAUUGGUUCAAGAGCCCCAAGCGGCAUCGGCGGCGAUCGCCCCGGACCUCGCCGGGCACAGAUUAGGAGCCGGCAAGCUGAUAGCCCGCCCUUCUGCCCCGAUCGAAGAGAAAACGCUCAAAAGAAAGCAAUACACCUGUUUCUCAAGCUCGCCAACCCGGCCAGCGGCGGCGGAGGAUGACAGCAGCGGGAAAAACACGGCAGAGGCAGACAAUAAUGAAACGCCGCCGGAACCGACCCGCGCGGCGGCCUGCCUACAUGUAACGACGUGCGCUCUCCCCAAGGGACACGGUGGGGUUCUUAGGAGACCUGGUGGGCUAAGCCGGGAGAACAUCACGCCGAUUGAGAAGCUCAGGAAGCCGUUCAAGCCCCUGACCAUAACGUUAAAAAGGCCAUCGUAG